AUGCCCCAGCGGGACAAGAUGGAGCUGACGUCUGCAAACAGCUAUGAUUGGGGUUUGGGUCGGCAUGAGAAGUUCUUGUCAACCGCCCAAAGAACCAAUGCCAUCAAAUAUCAGUUUAUUUCACAGCCGUUGGCCAUCGCGGCUGCCCUAUUUUCACGAACCGGCAUGAUGUGGUUCGUGUUCACAUGCUUGAAUAACGACCGUCGAGUCAAGUGGACAGUCUUCCCUUGUAUGGCCAUCCAGAUAAUCAUCAAUCUGAUUGCCUUGUUUCAAAUCGUCGCCCAAUGUGGACCGGAUGGAUCUUCGGACCGAAUCAACUAUUUCCAUUACAUGUGGGAUCCUCUGCCUACAGAUGGAUCUAUCAAAUGUCAUCCCCCCUCUGUCCAAAUGAAUAUCGAAUACGUCCAAGGAGCGGUCAAUACCGCCGUCGACUUCCUGGUCACGUUGUUGACAGCCGUGGAGUUGUGGUACUCUCUUUUGCAAACCAUGGACCGGGGUGUGAGGCAUAAGUCCAUCUACUCGAAUAUCAGAGACAUGAAUCCGGCAGCUCGCUCUCGCCGAAUUUGGCAGACGGUCACGUUGAGUGGGCCGCUGUUCUUCUCUGGCAUUGCUUGCAUUGUCAAGACUUGUCUUACGAAGGACUUGGGACGCCGACAAGACUUUACCUAUAAAAUCCUGGACUUUGUCCUUUGGACCAAGCUCGAAAAUUACUGCAUCUUGCUCGGCAGCGCCGCAGCCGUCGCGCGUCUCUUCCUCCUCUUCUUUACCGACCACCACAGGGCUGGGACCGCCCAUAAAAACACGGGCUUCGCUGGAGAAACCCAAACAAUCCGCAACCAGGGCCGCCUGGACCUGUAUCCCGGAGGCCACAGGCUCAGCCAGAGUUCAUCGCAAGAAACCGCUGUCGAAAUGGUCACGGAGGAUUGGAACUGGGUCGAUAUCGAAGGGAAACGGAACCGGCCUGCACCGCCAAUUUGGAUGGAGGAGCCAAAAGAACUCGAUAUCAACAACGCCGUCACCAUCCAGACAGAUAUUGUUGUCGAGGUGGAGAGCGAGGUGGCCGAGGGCAGUUCCUCACGUGGGGCACACGACGACUCGUCCACGCAGAACCUGGUCUGA